AUGACAGCAUGUAAGCCGGUGUCUACUCCUUUGGCCGAAGGAAUGAAGUUGGGUAUAGAUCAGAACCAAGUACCGGUUGAUAAAGGGAGGUAUCAAAGGUUAAUAGGAAGAUUAAUGUACUUGGCUCACACUAGGCCUGAUCUUGCUCAUGCCUUAAGUGUGAUUAGUCAAUAUAUGCACAAUCCAGGAGAACAACAUAUGAGUGCAGUUAUGAGAAUAUUGAGUUACUUAAAGGGAAGCCCUGGUAAAGGAAUUUUAUUUCGGAAAAAUGAGCAUUUCAGAAUUGAGUGCUAUACGGAUGCUGAUUGGGCAGGAUCGACGGAUGAUAGACGCUCGACAUCUGGGUAUUUCACCUUUGUUGGGGGAAAUCUAGUAACAUGGAGAAGCAAGAAGCAGAAUGUCGUAUCAAGGUCAAGCGCAGAAGCCGAAUUUAGAGGCAUGGCACUCGGUAUUUGUGAACUCUUGUGGCUUAAGUUUCUGUUGCAAGAUGUGGGGGUUAAACAAGAUCUACCUAUGAUGUUAUUCUGUGACAAUAAAGCGGCACGGGAUAUUGCUCAUAAUCCUGUGCAACAUGAUCGGACCAAGCAUGUAGAGGUUGAUCGGUUCUUUAUUAAAGAGAAGCUAGAUAGUAAAGUAAUUGAGGUUCCUCCCAUAGGAACGGACGACCAAGUAGCAGAUAUUCUCACGAAGGCGGUUUCUAGUAACAAAAGCAAUUUUCUGCAACUUGGAAAGCUGCCCUUUCUUUUACAAAUGGCUGAAAUUGCCGUACCAGUAGCGUUGUUUCUGGCGGACAAAGUGAUAAUGUUCCUCGACAAAAAAUUCGGCCGAUCGAGCAUUAAUAAUAAUAAUCCCUGUGAUGAUGUUGGAAGAGCCAGAAGCUGUUUAGAGAGGAUGCGCGCAUAUCUUAGUGACCACUCAUCAGCAGAACUGUCUGCUUACGAUGGAGGGUCUCAACAGUUUCAAGCUCGUGUAAAAGAGAUCCGAAAUAUAGCUUAUGAAAUUGAAGACGUUCUUGACGAAUUUCUGCUUCAUGUCCCUCAUCAAUUCCACAACGACGUCUCUCAGAAGCUACACGAUGCUGUGAAAUUUUUCACGGUACAGAAAGCAAGCCGUGAGUUCUCGGACAGAAUUCAAAAUAUUGACAAGAAGCUAAAUUUUGUUUUCACUCUUGAUAAAAUUCCACAAUUUCCGGGACGAGAUCAAGAAAGUCGCCCAAGUUCCAGCACCACAAGACAUGGAGAUAGCACGGUGACUCAUCAUAACCAAUUCCUUGAAGAAGAAGAAAUGGUAGGGUUUGAGAAGCCUAAAGAAAAACUCAUCAGUCAGUUGAUGAAAGGAGAUCCAAGGUUUCCGAAUAUCUCGCUUGUAGGUCCUGGUGGCUCAGGCAAAACCACUCUUUUGAAGAAUGUCUUCAAGAGCAAAAAGGUCCAACGGUUUUUUGAAUGCCAUGCUUGGAUUGAUGUGCCGCGUGACUUGUGUGCCCGUAAACUUGAUGAGCUCUUGCUCAACAUGUUAAGCAAAUUUGAUCCAAAAGGCAGAAGGAAGGAAUCAGUUAAUCAUGAAGAUUUGGUAAGAGCUUUGAAGGGCAAGAAGUUUGUGGUCGUGUUAGAUAAUGUUUGGAGCAAACAAGAUUUGGAACGCAUUGUAAAUGUUUUACCAAAUGAUUUACCUGGGACUGGGAGUAAAAUAGUCAUAACUACUCGUUACUCUGAAGUAGCGUCUUCUCAUGCAAACUCUUCGUACAUCCACAAUAUGAGCAAAGUGUUGUCAUGGGAACAAGCUUGGAAUCUAUUCUGCCGAAAGGCUUUUCACAAGAGCGAAGGAAAGUGUCCAACCCAGAUUUUGGACUGCGCAGAGAAAAUCGUCAAGAAGUGUGAAGGCUUGCCCCUUGCAAUUUCUGCUGUUGGUACUUUGCUAGCAACGAAGCGACCAACUCCACUUGAUUGGAAGAAGUUACAUGAGAGCCUUGGAUCAAAUGUUCCCAUUAUUACCCAAAUAUUGGAGCCAAGUUACAAGGACCUUCCAAGCCAUCUUAAGACUUGUUUCUUGUACUUUGGCAUGUUUCCUGAAGACUACUCCAUUAGCCGUGAAAGGCUAAUUCGCUUGUGGGUAGCUGAAGGAUUUGUGAUGCAGAGCAGAUCAAGAAAACUAAUGGAGGAGGUUGCAGGAGGCUAUCUGAAUGAUCUCAUUGGAAGAAAUUUAGUUCAUGUGAGUUCAAGGGAAGUCGAUGGAAGAGUCAGAAGCUGCCGUGUACUGAACCUCGUUCGCGAGUUCAUCAUUGAAAAAGCGGAGAAUUUCAUCACUGUCUCGUUGGCAGCAAACUGCAGAGGUACUGCUCCAGGUGAGAAAAUUCGACACCUUUCUGUUCAUGAUGUUCGUAAGGGCAACAAUUUUUCAAGUGGUACAGAUUUGAGUUGUACUCGUACCAUGCUAUUAAGUGGGCAGGGAAGUUAUGAUUCCGAGCUUGAAAGACUACUUAAAACCUUUAAAUUUUUAAAGGUUUUAGAUUUGCAAGGGAUAAAUUUGGACAACUUUCCCGAUUCUGUUUUUGGUCUCACCCUCUUGAGGUACAUAAGUCUAAGGCACACCGAUAUUAAAGAAGUGCCAAAGUCCAUAAAGAAGCUUGGAUUCUUGGAAACCUCAGACCUUAAGCACACAAAAGUGACCAAUUUACCAAAACAGAUUUAUAAGCUCCGCAAUUUGCACCACCUUUUAGUCUAUCGCUAUGAUGUCACGAAUUAUGUGACAUUUGAAGCUGCAAGAAGCGUAGAGCUCUCUGCAGGCAACAUUUCAUCUUUAUCCUCCAUACAAAAGUUGUCACUAAUUAGUGUAAAAAAUAACAGAAAAAUCAUAACAGCCUUACGAGAGUUGAAAGGUCUUAGGAAACUGGGGUUGACCGAUCUUCAAAAAGAAGAUGGAAGGAAGUUGUGUUGUUCUCUUCAUGAAAUGGAGCAGCUCUCGACAUUGGAUGUACGAUCAACGAGCGAGGAGGACUUUCUGGAUUUGGAUCAUGGUGAAUUUCGUCCUGACUUUCUGCAACGCCUAUAUUUGAAAGGGCGCCUAGAAAGGCUGCCAAUGUGGAUUUCCAAACUUCACAGCGUAGUAAAGAUUGGUUUAAAGUGGUCAAAACUUCAGGCUAAUGAAAACCCACUUGAGGCCCUUCAAGCUUUGCCUGAGCUGAUGGAGCUCGAUUUGGUUCAGUAUCACACCGGUGCAGAGUUGAAAUUCAAAGCUGAAACGUUCAACAAGCUAAAGAUAUUACAUAUUGAACAGUUUGAUCAGCUAAAUAAGAUGGUAGUCGAGAACGGGGCAAUGCCUAAGCUGUAA